AAUUUACCAGUUAAGGGAUUUGACUCGCUUUUCGAAAUGAAUGAAGAGUCGAUUAAAGGUGUUAUUGAGCGUCUGGAAAGUGCCGGACACUGUAUUAUGGCAAGUCCUGCACUUGUAACGACUGAGCAACGACAACAGGCUGAUCAGGUGUUUAUCGAGUUUAAAAGAUCUAAAUUUCCUUAUGAGAUUUGCCAACAAAUUCUUCAGAGAAGCAGUAGCACGUUUGUUCUUUUUCAAAUGGGGUCUACAAUUAAAGAAGCCACGCUGAGAGAGUGGUGUAUUUUGAAAAAGGACUUGAUUGACAAUCUUAGAAAAUUCAUUUUGGAAUACGUUACGUCAAAUCCAUCGUUAAUACUCUGUGUAAGGGAAGAACUGCUCGAUGCCUUGGCUGUCAUUAUUAAAAGAGGAAGCGUGGAGAGCAAUAGCUUAUUACAACAAAUAUUUCUAGAUAUAAACAAUUUAUUCCAGUCCAAUCAAUUAUAUUAUCAAUUAGUAGCAUGUUCACUUUUGAAAGCUAUCCUCAUUGAAUUUUCUAGUACAAGUCGAUCAAGUGCAGUCGGUUUAUCGUGGGAAAUGCAUAAUUGUUGUAAAAUGCAAUUUGAGAGGGAGCAUCUGAAAGAAAUAUUCCUCUUAGUUAGCAAUUUACUCAUACAAAUUCUGCAAUCACCUCAAUCAAGCGAAAAUUUUCAAAUUAGCGAAAAGCUGCUAUCUGUACUUGAAAUUUUACUGAAUUGGGAAUUUUUGCCAGUAGAUUUAUCUCGAAGACAUAUCGGAUGUUUUAAAGGAUCACCAAAUCCAUCCCUUAAGCCACCAGCAUGUUGGAAAAAUGUAUUUUUAAAUCCAGACCUCAUUACUUUAGUUGUGAAAUUGUAUUCACUUUUCACGGAAGAAUUGAAAGAAUCGUGCAUAAGAUGUCUAAUUCAGUUAGCAUCAUUGAAUGGAAAUGUAUUUCCUGACUUUGACUCCAAAAUUCGCUAUCUUAACCAUUUUAUUAAUAGCAUAUUACAAAUUUUCAAGGAUGCUUCUACAAGGCCAUCCUUCGCUCAUGUUAUAUCGAAUUUAAUCAUUUUCUUCCCUCUUAUGCUUUUUGGACAGCUUGACACUAGCUGUAGAGAGAGUUUAUUCAAUGGAAUGACCGAAAUGACUGUAACACUUGGUAAGGAAGCUGAACUAGAGAAUAGUGAUGAGAAACAAGAUGCUUAUCGAAGACUGCUGGAUGCUUGGUCAAGAUUAGCUAUUGAGGACUUUCCACUUAGUCCAAACCACUGCUCAAAUAUUUUUGAGUCUUUUCUCUAUUGCCAUUUAGCCCCUCCAUUAGGCUGUCGACCAGUAGCUAAUGACGAAGUUAUCUUGGAAGAAGAUGAAGAGGACAAGGAUAAAUUUAAAGAUGAAUUGUGUUCUAUUGCAACUCUAGCUAGAGUUAACCUAUCACAUUGUUUAAGCCUCGUCAACGACUUGUUAAUUGAUAGACUGUCUGGGAAAACCCCAAUUAGUCUAGCAGAAUUAUACGAAGAUCUACAUUGGAUAGUUUUGGUUGCCGCAGCUCUCUUGACCGACGACGUUAUUGGAGAAACCCCUUUAAUUCCUAGUCAAAUAAUGCAGCACGCAAUCGAUGAAAUAAAAUCAGGAAAAUCCAAUGUUAACGCUACCAUCAGUUUUGUUCAGGGAACUAGUACAACGCUUGAAAGUGUCGAUGGAAUCGUUUUACUUGUCGUUAAAAUUCAAAGAUUACUGGAAAUGUGUCUAGAAGCAACUUGCAAUAAUAUGGAUUGGUCGCCACAAGUUGCAGCUACCUGCGGUUUAUUUCUUCAAAGGUGGGUAAGAACUUAUCUCCUACCGAACGAAGAUAAUUACACAGAGAUGAGUCCAACAUUUAAUACUAUAUGGGGAUGUGACGCUCCCAUAUCGAAAGUGAUCGUGGCACAACUAGUGGAUAUAUGUACAAAAGCCGUUCAGAUGUGGUCGGGAGAAGAACAAACUUUAAUUGAAUGUCUUCAUCUAUUAGUAAUUCUUGCCGAACGUCAUCAACGUGCAGUACUAUUACUAGAAAGUGAAGGAUUUUGGAGUUUAAUAGAGCGUUUAGCAAGUUUACAGGUUGCUUCGUUACCAUCACAAGGAGUGAGAUUGAUAUGCAAGGCUAUAGUUUAUGCAGGAACAUCACAUUCUGGAAAUACAUCACGAUGGACAAUGUAUUUUGAGAAUCUUAGAAAUAGUACACUUAUAUUAAGGAAUGACACAAUUCGUAAGCAAGAAUUGAACAAAAUAUUAGAACUUUUAUGCGGCGUUGUAGAAGCUACAACCGCUCAAAAUUUCCGUGACUUGUUUAACUUUGUUAAUCCUGCUAUGGAAGCAGGGCACUUAAUUCUCAAUAAUUUCAAGGAUAGUCCUGAUGUUUUAGAAAAUCUUUUUGAAUUUUAUAGCUUGAUCGCAAACAGACAGUUGUGCUACUUAAGUAUUGACUAUUCCAAAAAAUUUUAUGAAUGUAUCACAAAACUAUUGGAAAUGUAUUCGAAAGUAAACAACGGAAAGAUACGAUUGACAAAGACAACGGAAGAGGAACAACUUCUUGACCUUAGUUUACUCAUGGAAAUUUUAACGCAUAUGCUAUCCAAAGACUUUAUGGAUUUUUUCCCAUCUAGCGAUGAUUAUAAGAGUCCAACAACUGGUGUCGUAUUAAGGGGACUAGAAAUUAUUAUGCCAAUGAUGAAUGAAAAUUUAUUAAGUUUCCCUCGUUUAAGUAGUCAAUAUUUCAAAUUAAUUGCAUAUUUAAGCGAAAUGGAUGCAAAGUUAAUGCUUACUUCGCCUUCCCUGCAAAAUGUACUUGACUCACUGCAAUUAGGAUUAUCCUCAACACUUGGAACCGAUGUUCUUAAACUCUGUUUGGAAGCCAUAGCUAGUUUAGCUACGGUUGAAAUUUCUUCUUAUAGAUUAGAACCUUUCAUGGGAACCAUUUUGCAGAUGGUCUUGUUAGAACCCUUUGAAAUGGAUUUGUUGGAUACUGUGGCUGACACUAUAUUUUCUCUUAUAUCUUCCAAUGUUAAUACAUAUAAGACGUUGGUACGACAAAUUGUAGAAACACAGAAAGAAGAAGAAGCUAGAAAUAGAUUAAUAUGUGCCUUUGAUGAAUUAACACCAAACGACGAAUAUUUUACAAAUAAUCGAAAAAAUAAAACUCGAUUUACAGAUAAAUUUGAAGAAUUUGUUACGAACGCCAGAGCAAUGCUUUGUAUUCAUUGA